UUCACCCCUCACAUGCAAAACUGUUUGCAGAAUUGGGGAAAUUAGAUUUGAAAUUUUGAUAUACAGAGGAAUGAUGUCUAGGGUUUGGUGUCUACUUCUGCUGGCUUCGGUGGCGCUUGUGGCGUCUCCGGCGACGGCGACCGAGGAGGUUGAAAAGGUGUUGACUUUGGACCACUCGAACCUCACCGAUGUGGUGUCCAAGCACGAUUUCAUCGUCGUUGAGUUCUACGCUCCUUGGUGUGGACACUGCAAGUCUCUGGCUCCAGAGUAUGAAAAAGCUGCAUCCGUACUGAGUACCCAUGAACCCGCCAUUGUCUUGGCUAAAGUUGAUGCAAAUGAAGAAGCAAACAAGGAGCUAGCUACUGAGUAUCAAAUCCAGGGUUUUCCUACCCUUAAAAUCAUAAGAAAUGGUGGGAAAAACGUCCAGGAUUACAAUGGUCCUCGUGAGGCUGAUGGCAUUGUCGAGUACUUAAAGAAGCAAGCUGGUCCUGCAUCAACUGAAAUUAAAUCAGCAGAAGAUGCCAGCAGUGUUAUUGAUGAGAAAAAGAUUUUUAUUGUUGGAGUGUUUCCAAAGUUCUCCGGGGAGGAAUAUGAGAACUUUAAGGCUCUUGCUGAGAAGUUGCGCGGUGACUACGACUUUGGUCAUACCCUUGAUGCUAAACUCAUUUCUCGUGGUGAAUCAGUCAGUAAGCCCACCCUUCGCUUACUCAAGCCUUUUGAUGAACUUGUUGUGGAUUCCCAGGACUUCAAUAUCGAAGCAUUGGAGAAAUUUAUUGCGGCAUCUACCGUUCCAACUGUUACAGUCUGGAACAGUGACCCUGCUAAUCAUCCAUAUAUUAACAAAUUCUUUGAGGGUAGUAGCUCCAAGGCCAUGCUGUUUGUUGACUUCAGCAAAGACCAAGAUGCUUUUGAGGGAAAGUAUAAGAAUGUGGCAACCCUUUACAAGGGGAAGGGCAUCAGUUUCCUGUUGGGCGAUGUUGACUCUGCUCAAAAUGCAUUCCAGUACUUUGGACUUAAGACGGAACAGGCACCUGUGCUCAUCGUACAGCAAAAUGAUGGACAGAAGUAUCUCGCAGCAAACGUGGAGCCUGAUCAGAUUGAGUCGUGGGUGAAAGAUUAUUCGGAAGGGCAUGUGAAGCCAUUCAUAAGAUCAGAACCUAUUCCUGAAGUGAAUGAUGAACCUGUCAAAGUGGUUGUUCGUCACAGCCUUCAGGAUGUUGUUUUCAACUCUGGAAAGAAUGUUCUACUAGAGUUUUAUGCGCCUUGGUGUGGACACUGCAAGAGCCUUGCCCCAAUCUUGGAUGAAGUUGCCAUCUCUUUCCAGAAUGAUCCUGAUGUUCUGAUUGCGAAAUUUGAUGCAACUGCAAAUGAUGUUCCAAAAGACAAAUUCGAAGUUCAAGGUUUCCCAACAUUGUACUUCAGAUCUGCAAAUGGUAACUUGUCGCAGUACGAGGGAGAUAGAACGAAGGAGGACAUCAUCAAUUUCAUCAACAGCAACCGCGAUGAUAAGUCUGCCAAGUCAUCCUCCUCAGUUGAACCUGAAUCUGAAGCAGUAGAUUCUGCUAAGGAUGAGCUAUAAAGAGGCUAGUGUCGAACGAGAGAACUUCUGCAGCGGAUUUUGUUCAUUACCAGUUCUUGUUUUUUUCUACUUUCUAGCUCAAAUAAAAUCUGGUCUUGUUCCAGUUCCAAUAGUAGGAUUACAGUAGUAGAAAGAUCCGAGGCAUGUAGUUGACAUCAAUUAUCAUUAUCUAUAUUUGAGUUUUGAAAUAUUGUCCCA